AUGGAUCUUCUCUUACUCACCUUCAUACCAAUUGUGAUCUUUCUACUUUACCAAUGGAGCAUGACCUUCAAAUUCCUCUGCAAGUUGGCUUUCCUCGUUGGCUGGAUUUUACUCUUGUCUGUCACACUAUCCCCUUUGGUAGCUGUAUUCAUUGGACAAAGACCAGAAAACUUUAAGUUGCUCUGCUUCUUCAUUCGUCCACUCAAAUAUAUCUACAACAUCACAAUCACUGUGCAAGGCUCUGAGAAUCUGAAUAUCAAGCAGCCAUAUGUGAUUGUUUGCAACCAUCAGACAAAUUUUGAUCUUAUUGGAAUGGCGGAGAUCCUGCCAGAGCGCUGUAUACCAAUUGCCAAAAAAGAGCUGCUGUACUGGGGGCCUGUGGGCUUGUGUUGCUGGUUAUGUGACUUGGUUUUCAUUGAUCGCAAGAAGAAGCACCAAGCCAGGGACAUCAUAGACCACCUUGCAGAGAGGAUGCAGCAGGAGGAUCUGAGGAUCUGGGUUUACCCAGAAGGCACCAGGAACCAAAAGGACACCAUGCUUCCCUUCAAGCGAGGGGCAUUUCACUUGGCUAUAAAGGCUCAGACCCCCAUUGUCCCCAUUGUGAUAUCUUCUUACAGGGAUACUUACAGUUUCAAGGAUAAGAGAUUCAAGCCAG